AUGUGUCAAGAGGAGUCUUUGGAGCACAUUUUGUGGAGUUGCAGCUUUGCAGCUAGAGCUUGGAGUUGGAUUUCCGGUGUUUUUGGUCUUCUCCCGCAUCAAAAUCUGUUGGUUUCUUACAAGGCAGCUAAGAGUAGGAGCAGGAUGGUUAAAGAUCUUUGGCUUCUAGCUAUUUUGGUGAUUCGUUCUGAACUUUGGAUGACUCGCAAUGGUUUCGUCUAUGGCAAUCAAAGAGUUUCUUGGUUGUUUUUUCAAAAUAAAGUUUCCAACCAGAUACAUGAAUACUCAGUCAGGCUUAAGGGUUAUAUGUAUAAUUCUCAAGAGGAUUUACAGCUCUUAUCUUUCUUUAGAGUACGACAUAGAAGGGUUAAGCAUGCAGUUCCAAAAGAAUGCUUUUGGGAGCCUCCCGGAAGUAACGAGCUUAUGUUAUGUUCUGAUGGAGCGGCGCAUGGUAAUCCAGGGAGAGCGGGUGCUGGGGUGGUUGUUUGUGAUGCCAAUGCUAAUGUGAUAGCUGCUAUGAGCGUUGGUUUUGGAGUUCAAACCAACUAUUUGGCUGAAUUAUUUUGUAUCAUAGUUGGUUUGGAAUGGGCCAUCAAGUUUGAAAUUCAAAAUAUUUGCAUUAGAACAGACUCUAUGAGUGAUGUUUUGGUGUUCUCCGGUGACAACAAUGAAGUUCCUUGGUUUCUUCGUUCUAGAUGGAUGGCUGUGAGGGCUAGAUAUAAUAUGAUUCGUUUUGUUCACUCUUAUAGAGAAGCAAACUUUGCGGCAAAUUGUAUGGCCAAGAGGGGUUGUUUUUUGGAGGAAGGUGAAGGAUUAAGUUAUGAUAAUAGACCAGAUUUCCUUUUGUCUAUUGAGUUACCGAAUGUAUCUUAUUUUCGUUUUACUUAG